GCAUCGCAAAACCCCAUCUUAAAAACCGGUCCCCGUUCCACGCAGCUAUCGUCCCGCUCACACUUGUUUCGAUUCUUCGGCAUUUCGGCGCAUAGGUUGCCAGUGUUGGAGUGGUGAAAAAUCAAGAGUUGGGCUGUGUGGAACCUGAUUAGAGUCAUUUGAUUUGCACUUUCAACGACGCCGGGAGAUUUAGCAUCACAGUAAAUGGCAAAUCCCAAAGUUUUCUUCGACAUUCUAAUAGGAAAGGCAAAAGCCGGCCGCAUUGUUAUGGAGCUGUUUGCCGACAUCGUUCCAAAAACCGCAGAGAAUUUCCGUUGCCUCUGCACUGGAGAGAAGGGGAUUGGCAGAUCAGGGAAGCCCCUGCACUACAAAGGAUCAACAUUCCACCGAAUCAUUCCCGAUUUUAUGUGCCAAGGUGGGGAUUUCACCAGAGGCAAUGGCACCGGCGGCGAAUCCAUCUAUGGAGACAAGUUUGCUGAUGAGAACUUUAAGAAGAAGCACACAGGGCCUGGUGUUCUCUCCAUGGCCAAUGCUGGUCCAGGCACUAAUGGCUCCCAGUUUUUUAUCUGUACUGCAAAGACGGCAUGGCUGGAUGGGAGGCAUGUUGUAUUUGGUGAGGUUGUUGAUGGAUAUAAUGUUGUUCAGGCAAUGGAGAAGGAAGGAUCUCAAUCUGGAAGGACUGCUUCACCUGUGGUGAUUGAAGAUUGCGGGCAGAUCUUGGAGAGUUGAGAUGUGUUUAGCUGAUUUAAGUCUGAGGAAUGCUGUUGAGAUAUGUUAAUUCUUACCUAACAUUAUCAGGCUUUUGUUUUCCUCAAAUAAUACAUAGGACUUGUGUUCUUUCA